GAUCCGCGUGCGCAAGGAACAGAGAAACGAAACGAGAAUCUCUCAUCCACGCAGACACUCAUUUCUGUCCCGCAGCACGCUCGCACAAACUCUACUCCCCUAGUGUUAGAUAGACACGGAUCCGGUGGUCCAGCGUAGCGGAGAAUCGAGCAACAAACCCAAGCAAUACCGAUAGGAUACUGAUAGCCAGCGGGAGAGAAGCGUUUGCACGGUGGCCGGGUCUCCGUAAUUUGCGAACUUUCGUGAGCAAGCGAACUCGUACUCGAAGACGGUACCAGCCAGGAGACAGAGCAGGAGGCAAGUAGAUAAAAGCAUAAAGAAAUAUUUUACUACUGCAAGUAAAUUAAAGCAAACGUUAAAGUUAGAGCCUUGUUAGCAAAGCUGCUAGGAGCUGGAGUGAUACGGCGCGUGGUUCCGUUUCAGAAGCAAAAUCAUGGCCACGUACCUCAGUUACUCAGGCGGAGGCGGAGCCGCGGACACACCUCGUUACGGCUUUCUUUGGGGGCUACGGGCAGCAAGUCGUACGCUGUGGGCGAAAAGCGCAGCAAUUCACUAGCGAUUCACGAACACGAGAAUCGUUCUGGCGUUUGUGUGUUCUGGCGAGCAGUCAACCGUUAAUCGAUCUUCAGUUGCAUUUCUGUUGCUCUCGCUCAACUUGCGCCUGGAAUUGGUGCGCUCCGCAACACCUCUCGCUUUCGGCUUGGUAGCUGCAAUUUGCCUUCACAACGUUUAUUGACAUUUGGACCAACGUACUGGAACUGGUAUUGUUCCCACGACCCCCUGCAAAAACGCAAACCUGUUAACCUGAUAACUUGUACGUCGUCUUAUUAUUGCUAGCAGCACGAACUGAUCAGUUCGGUGUGCCCCUCCACCUUCCUUACGAACUUUAGCUUAAUGCUCGUCGCGACUUUUUUCCUCUUCUCGAUCGAACCCCUGGCAGAGAAAAAUGAAGGAUAUCCUUAGAGCAAAUCUAGUCUACGAAUCACACUCUCUAGUUUAUUAGUUGGGCGGCAUCAUUUUUUAAAGCAUUACCUAUUAGUCUAGGGAAUGUGAGGGACAAAAGUCCGGAAGGGAAGUAGUAAUGCACCACCAUGGUGUGCAGCAGGAACGAGAACGGAAGCAACAAAUUCAUCACAACAAAAAAUCUAACACUAAAGACGCUGAAACCAAGUGCUUAUUUUGCAUCAUUUGACAUAUCAAACGUAGUGAAAAUACGAAACUAUGAUAGUAAGGUAGAGAGAUGGUGGCAGAGAAUGGGCAAAACCGGAAGCUACAGCGAAAGAGGGUGAGGAAGAGAGUGCACCGAAGGUGCAAAAGAAGUAGUAAAACUGCGGGCAUGAGAACAUGGACCAAGUCCAUCGGCAAUCGGAAUGGAAUGGUGGCCGACAUUACCCUUAUAUUCUCCAGACAAAAACAAACGGGAUUCGCUAUCCGUUCGCUCACUUUGAUGCGCACGUAUAAGCCUUUGCCAGCGAGUAGUAGCAGACGAAUACGGAGCAACUGCUUUCGGUGAGGGUUAUAGCAAUCGCAAACUAUUUUGAAUUCGUAACGCUGCUGAAGCCGUGAAUGGGGCAACGAGAUCAGAGAUAUCGGAGUGCGGAAUGCAUCCUACCCGUAUCGGCAAAGCUGAAUGGCUUAGCCAUUCGAAUCAUAUAGGCACACAGAUAGUUCCGUAACGUCGGUAUCAUCAUCGAAGGUGUGUGGCCGACUCAGUUCCUUCCUCUAGCCCCUUAGCUAUCUUAAGCAUACAACUGAAUCUCGAUAUUCUAAACUUACACUUGAAAACCUUCAGCUAACGGUUGCCGAUAACGGGCGAUCGAGGGGGUACACUGGGGUUGCGUUGGGCUUUUUCGCGCAUCUACGUUUUACUAACUAUCUGUCUCUGAAGAUUUUGAUACCUAGUUUAGCUGAGCGGUGCAACAGGAGAAUGGAGAAGAUAGGAGGGGAAGAGGGUUUGGGUAGAGAGGGAAUUUAGGGCUUCUUCAUUGCAUACGGUAUGCCUUAGCGAUCGUUUUAGGAUAGCUGAGAGCUAGCGCUAGCGAAGACCAACUUAAGCGGAGGAACGGAGGAGCAAAACGAUAGCAAAAACAAACCCGAACAUGCUCGUGCGUAAAACACAAACUUUCCAAACCGAAAAGACAUUAACAAUUAGUUCCGAUGGUGUGUGCGUGCGAGCGUGCUUGUGUGUUCGUCAAGGAAGCUUUCAAUGAAUGAAAACACUGCAACCACACACAAAAGCAUCGCUGGCUGGCUGGCUGUAUCUAUGUAUAAAGCAUGUAAGAUGGCAUCUAAUUGACGAUAGGCUAUUUCGUAAUUUACUAGCAACUAUUUUGUAACAUUGAUCGUAAGAAAACUAUCGAACUGCAUGCAGCCCCGAUUGGUGUGGUGGCAUGACAACUGCAACCACUGGUAACCUUACUCGCACUCACAAUCACACCACAUGAUUUUGAGCACUGCCUGAUUUCAUCUAAACAAAACACACCCACUGGGUUGAUUUGCCGUAAAUGGAAACGCUUCCCAAACGACGAGCGAUGCAUACCUUCGUCAUCCGUUACCUGUACGCCCGUCUAUGCACAUUUCAUCCGUUGUCUUCAAGUGUUUUCUGCUUGUUUGUCAAAAACUCUUCACCUGACACCUGACCAUCCAUCCCACAAGGCAUCACAAUCAUCCACCGAGCGCAUCACCGUACUUACAUUAAUGUUGAAUAUAUACUACGAAAUAAACGAACAGCUCAGCUAAGAUUGUGAUUUACCAAAGACGAUAAAAUGGAGCAUGUAGAAAUGGAAAGCAGUGGGAGCAAAGGAGACAAAAAAACGACCGCGAAGCCGAUGUAAAUUAAUACCGAAAGCUAAACAAUUAACGACUCAAACAGUCCAGACAAAAAGGAAAACCACGAAAUCCGCAUUCUGUUUCUACGCCCGACAGUCGUGCAUAGUUUCUGAACUGCUUAUGGAAGCGUAGCAACAAUGAAUCUAAUUAAAAGAAGAACAAAAUACAUUGCAUCAUGCAUGUUUUCAGGAGACUCAGUUUUCACAAUUCAAUUCAUACACAAUUCAGCUCGUAAUUCGCAAAACGUCGCAAUUCACUCGCAAUUAGUAACAGUUGGAUCAGUUUAGUGGACUGGAUUAUAAAAUCAGAUAUUCGAUACAUAGUGCAAUGAAGAAGUGAGUGGAGAGAAUCUGUAGAGCAUGAUAAAUACAAUGAUCAUCACAUGGUCAAAAACACAAUAGAACAAAGCAAUUGAAAAAGGAUGAAAAUAAAAAAAACAUAGUAUAGCCAACUCUUGUCAAUCACACUGAAAGGUGAAUGCUAUGCAUUGUUGAAAAAUCAAAACAUUAUUUCCAAAAUAAAUGCUUUGAAAUUAGGUACAAGAGAGCUAUAAAACAACCGGUUUGCGCUAAUAGCAACUUAGCGAAAGAUGCACAAGCAAACCGUGCUCAUUAACGCAUUCGUAGAGAAGCUAGUCGACAAGUGCACAUAGCAGUAGGAAGGCCCUGGGCUGCGGACAGAAACCGCAUGUCAACCUUUUUGUACUUUAAAGCGAAUGAUGAGUAUGCGAUCGUAGAUUACCGAACGUAGCUACAGCGGAGCAUGAGCGUGAAAUGUAAUACAUAACGAUGCACCGGAAUCCAUACACGCAAACACACAUACAGACACAAACAUUCAAACCAACCACCCCCUCAAAAUCAAUCACACAAAUCACUUUGCAGCGGAAAACCAAUAUACGGCUGCGAAUUAGAAAUAUGCCUGUUUUUCACAACUUUAUAUCACUCCACUUCGCAAGUUCGGGGUGUGGACGGUAUAGCAUUUGUGAAAGUAAGAAAAAAACACUAUUAAAUUAUUAAAGUAAUGGUUAAAUUCAAAGAAAGCGAAAAACAAACAAACAAACAAACAAAAAACAAAAAAAUCAACAUGUACUAACUAUUGAUAACGUUCGAACAAUAUGGGUAAUAAGUAAGUGCGUAGAUGCACGCAGCUCCUCCAAGCUGCUCGGCAGGCGCGGCCAGACCAGUACUAGCUUCCGGCGAAGGUGCUGGCAGCCGGCAAACGCACCACGGAUGGUCGAAGCAAAGGUGUUACACAACCAAACAAAAGAAAAUGCAAAACGUGAAGAGGCAGGAUGAGCAACCGAAAGGACCUGUGGGAGAAAAAAUGUAAGUUAGCAACCAAUCGGUGUAGGGCGAGCAAAUGCUCGCACUGAAAGUGCAUGAAACGUAAGCAAAUAAGGCAAAACCAAAACAAACAAACACAAACAACUACAAAGCUACAAAGCAACUUAUCGAACCACAUUUUACACAAGUGCGCAUAGAAAAUCCUACAAGCAAACGAAAACAAAUGAAACACUUUGAAGCCGCUCCGCAAAGUGAACAACAAAGCAAAUAAAGUAAAGGACGCAAAAAAAAACACUUAGAAACACCGUUUAAAAAUUGAAACACUUUGAUUCAUCAAAGCCCCCGUAGGAGUAUGUAGCUGCUAUCGACAUUCAAGGUGCACCAAAGCGUAAUCGGAAUCACGCAUUGGGAAGCUGUUUGUUAAGUGCAUGACGUAGGCCAUUAACUAUAAAUCUAACCGAUCAGCUGAUGCUCCAAAUUGUGUGGAAAACAAAUCAUCACCGCAUACAGUUGACCGACAAUGCAUAGCUCGGGCCUAACAUUUGUAGACGGUUCCACAUCACCACACUGAAAUAGAUAGUCACUACUGCUAGCGCCUUGAAACACGUGACGGAAGGCAACGCAUCGCAAAACCACACAGUUCGUCGAAGAUGGGAAUAACAAUUGCUAGCCCGUGAGCCACACUCGCAAGCAAACCAAAUGGGCGCCGAAGAUUGCCACAAACUAGGCACCACGCUAUCGUGCUCUGUUUUUUAUACAUAUGACUAUAUAUAUAUAUAAAUAUAUAUACAUAUAGCUAUACUUAUACUAUAGCGUAUUGUGGCUGGCAAAUGAAGCUGGCUGUUAAGCCAGAGUGCGAAUCGGAGGCCGGAUGUAAUCUGCACAAUG